AUGGCCGACACGGUGGCUCCAGCCGGGGCCGGCAGCUCCGGAACGAGAUCAGGAAGUAAACAGUCCACUAACCCUGCUGAUAACUACCAUCUGGCCCGGAGGCGAACCCUGCAAGUGGUUGUGAGCUCCUUACUGACAGAGGCAGGGUUUGAAAGUGCCGAGAAAGCAUCCGUGGAAACGUUGACAGAGAUGCUGCAGAGCUACAUUUCGGAAAUUGGGAGGAGUGCCAAGUCUUACUGUGAGCACACAGCCAGGACACAGCCCACACUGUCGGAUAUCGUGGUCACACUUGUUGAGAUGGGUUUCAACGUGGACACUCUCCCUGCUUACGCAAAACGGUCUCAGAGGAUGGUUAUCACUGCCCCUCCAGUGACCAAUCAGCCAGUGACCCCCAAGGCCCUCACAGCAGGGCAGAACCGACCCCAUCCACCACACAUCCCCAACCAUUUUCCUGAGUUCCCAGAUCCCCACACCUACAUCAAAACUCCGACCUACCGUGAGCCUGUGUCUGACUACCAGGUCCUGCGGGAGAAGGCUGCAUCCCAGAGGCGCGAUGUGGAACGGGCACUCACCCGUUUUAUGGCCAAGACAGGCGAGACCCAGAGUCUUUUCAAAGAUGAUGUCAGCACAUUUCCAUUGAUUGCUGCCAGACCAUUCACCAUCCCUUACCUGACAGCCCUUCUUCCAUCUGAGCUGGAGAUGCAACAAAUGGAAGAGACGGAUUCCUCGGAGCAGGAUGAGCAGACAGACACAGAGAACCUCCCUCUUCACAUCAGUACGGAUGAUUCAGGAGCCGAAAAGGAGAAUACAUCUGUCCUGCAGCAGAACACCUCCUUGUCAGGAAACCGGAAUGGGGAGGAGAACAUCAUUGAUAACCCCUACCUGCGGCCCGUGAAGAAACCCAAGAUCCGCAGGAAGAAGUGAGUUGGAGGCUGGGGUCCAGAGAGGCUUCUCUGGCCAACUGAGGUGGUCUUCUCUGCCCCUUGGCAGAAAAGAGAGGUUCACCAGUGGGUUCGAACCUUGGGGGAAACGUCUAUGGUGAGAGGAAGUAUUUUCCCUUCUCCUCUUCUUAUUGGCUCCCGUAUAUUCCUUAGAAGUUGAAUGUCUUGCAGCCCGAGGAGCAACCCUCACAGCCCAGGAGAUCUUCCCCCCUAGAAGGCGAGCGGGUGGGGCCCCCACCAGGCAGGCUCCAUGGAUUCCUCUUCUUUCUAGGUCCCUCUCGUGAGCUGAGAAGGAAGCCUGGCUUAUACAGGGAUGUGGACAUCACCCUCCUGGGCAAAUCAAAGGCACUUGAGGGAAGAAAAGAGGGUAGCCUCUUGGUGGCUGAGCUGAGGUUGUGAGGGUGUGACCGAGUGUGAUUUUAAUAGCAGACUUUACAUGAAGAUGGCCUACUGUCACUGGAUGUUCGAGUUGAGGAAGAUAAGAGGAUGAUAAUGAGGCUUCUUCAUCAACCAGGCCAUACUGUGGGGUGUAGGGGCAGCUGGUAACUUCAUUUUUUAUCACAGGACUUGAUUCCUUUGAAGUCUGGAAAACCAGGGGAGGUGGCAGGAAAGAAAGUGUUCUUUGCUUCCUUUGCUUGCUACCAGAAAGACUGUUUGCCCGGUUUGUAUUUCAGGAUAUCUGGACCCCUUUUAAUGACUUACAAGAAAUUUCUGGUACGAAUUUGUCGUCCCAGAACCUCAUUCUCAAUGGACACUUCACCUGGGCUCCAAGUGCCCUGUUGAGCUGAUGGAAAGUGGCUUUGCCUUCUCUUGACAUGUUGGAAACAGGAGGCCAGUGAGCUGCUGAAUGGCUCAUUGACCACAGCUUUGACCUGGGCUGUGGGUGGAUAUGUUCACGUGGAGGGAAAUGACAUGCAAGAGCAGCACUGAUCCUCGCAUCAGCAUGUGAUGAAAGUGCCCUCAGACAAGUCAGCAGUCUCUCCUGAGAGACUUGUUAUUGUCCCUCUGUGGCAUGUGUGCUGGGGAGCCACCAAGUCAUGGCCCCUCCUGGGAAAAGAGGUUUUCUCUGACAAGGAGCUGGAGCCCUGGAUAGCAUGCUGUUACUUGAUAGAAGAGCCAGAUUUUAAACAACAGGAAACAGGGUGGCAGAGGGGUGGGUUUGGCCUCGUGUUCUGAAAGCUGAGCAGCCUGACUGUGCUCUGGAAGGCUGAUGUGGAUGGAAGCCAUGUUCUCACCUCACGGCAGAAGUGGGCUAAGGAGCCUAGGGGCAAAGCCAAGGUGUCCUUCUGGAAGGAGGUCUGAAAUCUCUCAGCCUCAGUCUCCUGGGGAGAGACGACUUCAUUGUUGAUGUUCUCUGCACACCCGGAAACAGGUUUUUAAGGAAAAUGCUGGCCAUCCUGAUAUCCUCUGGCUGGUCUCAGAAGGAAGAAAUUAUAAAACCAAGUCCAAGGAAGAAAAAUACCAGCGACACUUGGAAGUUUCACACAAGAUAAACAAGGUGUUCCCUAGGCCAGAAUCCUAAUGUCCAUAUUGAGGAUUUUAUUUUAACUUACACUCCCACCUGGUGUCAAGUGUCACGUCAGUUUUCUGUCGUCCUGGUCAAUUUGAGAAACCUGGUGAAUGGCCAGCGGACUCUGUGUUUCUCUGACCUUCCUGUUCCCUGAGACAUUCCAUUCCUUUGCCUGGAAGGAAAGAGCUGCUUAUCAGUAACUGAUGAGGGGAUGCUAGUGAGAUAAUCAGAUUCCCCAACUCUGGUCCACAUACAGGUUUUUAGUGACCCAAAACUCUUCCGUUGAAAGCAAUUAGACUGGGACAGCUGCUGUGUACAUGAUGCUGGACCUGCGUUGACCCCCUGGGGUUUGUGCUCAGUUCUUGUGGAUUCUUGACCUGGUGAAUUUAAAUACAAUCCCAGGGUUGAGCCAUGCAGAUGCAGGGCUGAAAUCUUCCCACCUUGCUGUUCUCACUGCUCUUGGGAGUGGUCAUCCCAGCCAACAUUUCUGCAGCUUCUCAUUCGUUGUUGCCGUCCAGAGCAAGCACUUGUUAAAUGCCAGUGUGCUGAGGGAUAAGGUGAGCUUUGGAAAAGUGUUAACCAUUUCUGCUGUUGAGAUUGCAGAGGCUGUACUGCUGUGACACUGGGAAAUGAUUAGACAACUUGAACCCAACUGUUGUUGUGUAAAAACUGCGUACUUCUCGAUGUAUGUUUCUAAAUUUCUAUUUUUUAUAACUUCAGGGAUUUUUUUGGAGGGAAGAAAUGGUACACAGAGCCAGAUUAAAAAUGUGAUUAUAAGUGCAUGAUAGAACAUCAUAAUAAAAAACUUUGUAAAUGAGACAGAAUUAUGAGCUUGAACUUAAUUUGUGUUCAAAAGUUGCAGUGAUGAUGAUGGCUGUGGGUAGCCUUUCUUUUGGACUAAGUAGCCCUGGAAACUUUGUAAAACUUUCAUUUUGUAAAUUUCCAAACACAUAGACAACUGGAGAAGAAAGAAUAUGAACCAGUAUAUACCCAUCACUCAGCUGCAAUAGUUACCAACAUCUGUCAGUUCUAUUUUAUUUAUUUCCCCCACUUUUUUCCUUACAUUUUUUUUUUCUGGAGUAUUUUUUAAAGCAAAUCCCAGACUUACGUCAUUCAAUUUGUAAAUAUGUCAGUAUGCAUCUGACUCUCUAAAACUUUUUAUUUUGAAAUAAUUGUAGAUUCACAGGAAGUUACAAAGGUACCCUUCACCUGUCCCCCUAGUGGUAACAUCUUGCAUAACUGUAGUACAAUAUCAAAACCAGAAAAUUGACGUUGGUACAAUCCACAGAACUUACCAGAUUUCACCAGUUUCUACAUGCACUCAUAAAAGGAGCCCUGGUGAUGCAGUGGUUAAGCAUUCAGCUACUCACAGAAAGGUCAGCAGUUCAAA